UUAAAAAAUAUUAGGUUUAAAAAACAAAAAAAAAAAUUAUACGCUUCUACACACAAACAUUUAUUUCGACUAACUUUGUUUUUGUUUUGUUUUUUAUAUCUUGAUGUUUUAAUUGAGUUAUUUAAAGUUUUAUGUUGAACAAAGUUUUAUUGUUUGUAUUAAUGACUCCGUACUUAAUUAUUAACAUUACAAAGGAAAAAGAAGUAAAUAAAUACUGUCUUAAAAUCAGGAGAUAAGUUUUAGUGUGGUGAAUAUAAUCCGUAAUAUAAAGUUUAAAUCCAGGACUCGUCAAUGAUAUAAAUAAUAAAACAAAAAACAUUUUUUGAAAGGAUUUUUUGUAUUUAUCAGUUUGUAGGGGUGGUAUGUGGUUGAAUUUUUGGCACCAUGGAUCCCAGUUUUCUUGCGAAUAUGGACCGGGACGCAUUGAAAAAGCAAAUCGAGAACAUGAAAUAUCAGGCCACUAUGGAAAGAUGGCCUUUAUCUAAAAGUAUAGCAGAAAUGAGGUCAUUUGUUGAAGAAAAUGAAAAAAAUGAUCCAUUAAUAAAUGCCCCGGACAAAAAGAACAAUCCAUGGGCUGAAAAAGGAAAAUGCGUCAUCAUGUAAUAUUUUUACAAUUACAAUAACAAUUACUACUAUUAUAAUAAUAAUAUAAACAAACAAUAUAUCGACAAAAGUUUAUAUAAAAAUGAUGAAAAUAGUAUAGCUAUCAAUUAUACGAGUAAUAGCAAUAAUAUUGAAGAGCAACAAACAACAAAAAGUUUGCAAAAUUUACAACCUCAAAUUUUACAGCAUAACAAUGAACAAGAAAGUUUCCAGCUACAUAUAAAUAAAGGAUCACAAGCAUUUAAAAUUUUUAAGAAUAUGCUGAAUCCAAAUGCAACAACAACAAUAGCAACCAUUUCAUCAAUUUAUCGACCAAUAAUCGUCUAUUUUGUUACAUUUGUUCUUUGGAUAUUAAAAAAGCUAUGUAAAAUUCCGUUUUCACAAUAAUUUCUCAUUUUAGAAAAAAAAUUCAUGGGUGUCAGUCAGUGUAUUUAAUUAUACUGCAAAAUUAAAUUAUUCUAUUAUAUUAAGAUCAUGUCAUUUUGCCACAAAAAAAUUAAUAUGCGUACAGCAACUCACUUUAAACUAUACACAACAAAUCUCUCUUAAUUUUUUUGAAAACCUUUUUGAAGUUUUCAGUAAUAUUAGUUAUCGUUAUUCGGUAACUUAAGUCGGAAAAACAAUUAAAAAUAUAAUAAUUGCAGUUAAUUCAACAAAUACAUAUACAUAAAAAGAAAAUCUGUUGCAGCAAUUUGAUAAACGAGUAAAAUGCAUACUGACCUACAAUUAAUUUUAAUAAACAAAAAUAAUAUUAAAAUAUAUUACUUUUAAUAUAAAAAUAUAUUUAUAUUAUAUUUACGUACAUUUUAACAUAAAUUAUACAUUUUAGGUUUAUAAUUUAAAUAAUUUUGAAAGUAGCAGCUAAAUAACUAAUAGUUAUGACAAGUCAUUUUUUCGAACUUAAUGUAAAAAUUUCCAAAAUUUUUGAGCAAAAUUUUGUUUCAAAGAUAUUGCCAAUAUUAUAAAAUGCUAAAAUUAGUAUAAUUAAUCUAAAUUAAUAAAACUAAAUUAUUAAAAAACAGUUAAAAUAUAUUGCUUUCUUUAAAAUUGUAAUACUUUUUGAAAAAAAAUUAAUAAAUGUUACCAAUAUAAUUAGGUAUUUUAUGAAGCUCUUUUACUCUGGACAAAAAAAAUCGGAAAGAAAAUUUUUUGAUAUAUAUAUAGGAACAAUUAAGUUUGCUGAAAUAAUGCACUUUUUUAUAAUUAAAAGAUACUUAUCAUAUAUUGUUUUCAAAUAGAGCGUACGUAGUACUAUAAUUGUUCAAUACUCCAGAGAGAUCAAAUACAUACAUAUGUAUAUAUAUAGUAUGUAUAAUUUAUUUUAUACUUAAUAUUAGAUAUAUCGAACAAAUCGAUUAGUUAUAUCGGCAACCCAAUGUAGUUUUUCUAACUAUAAAAUGAAAAUAAAAAACGAAAGUCUGUACAAUUCUUGAAAAUUUAUAUCGAAUUUUUGCUUUUUUGUAUAACUAUAAAUUUAAAAGAUAAGUAGAAUAUUUUUCAUUUGCUAAAAAAUAUCAAAUACAAAACUUUCAACUAGGUUUCUAUAAACAUACUUAUACAUAACAGUAUUUUAAUUUAAAAGAGAAUUAAAAUAAGAAAAGCAAAUCAUAAAUGCAUAAUAACCUCUUAACGCAACUGUAAAUUUUACUACUAUUAAAAGAAAGAUCAACUAUGUACAUUUAUCUUAAUAUAUGUAUGUAUAUUAACAUUUAGGAAAUUAAAUAAAUGCAAACCACAAAAUUUACAUUAUAAAAAGUAAAGAAAUUGUAAUAAAGUAAUAUUAAAAUAUAAAAACUAUAAAUUA